AUGGCUGUGGAGAGGGAUGUAAAGGAGUUCAGAUUUCAACAACUGUGUAAGGUGAAGAUUUCUGACAAAUGGCCUGAACAGACGACUGGCAGAGGACAGUUGUUAACGUGUUCCAGUAAAUAUGGCCUCACAUUUGUCGGGGGCCCAAGUGGGUUCACAGUCCUGAAAACGGCAGAUAUUUCCCACAAAGAUGGUCAGCACCCCAAAGACAAGAGCACAGUGGUGAUAACUGACUGCCCUGUCUGGAUGAAUGUGAACACUGCGCAGCCACCCAUCUCUCUCGCCCUCAGUUCCGACGAUCAGAUCUUACUACUUGUUAUGAUCAGCAAUGACAACCUCGUCGCAUUCUUCUACACCAUUGACAGCUUCACUCAACAGGGUUCAGCUCCUGUGGUGAGAACCAGUUAUCAGAUUGACAAUCAAGGGCUCCGCCUCCUGGACUCUGCCUGGAACCCAGCCCUGCCCCACCUACUGGCGCUCUGUCUGUCCGAUGGCAGUCUAGCCCUUCUCAGUGUUACGGACAAGGUGGUGGUCAUGGCCAGACUUCCUCCAUCCACCCAGGCUACCUGCUUGUGUUGGAGUCCAAAAGGGAAGCAACUAGUGGUUGGCAAAUUGGAUGGAACAUUCAGUCAGUAUGAUCAAACCCUGACAGAAAAAAAGAGAGGACCAUACCCCAACUGUCUGGAGCCCCAAAGGUUUAAAAUGAUUGACAUCCUGUGGGAGUCGACUUACAUGUUCAUAGGAACGUUUUUAUCAUUGGACUCUGAGAGCAGUGAGCAGCCCUGUGCUGUCCUCAUCAAUACCCCGAAAGACGGAGCAGCAUCUUUUGUCAACCUGGAGGAUCUGUGCUAUGGGGCCGGAGAGGAUAUUCCCCGCAAAUUCUUCAAAACCAUCAUUGCCAAAUGGGAAAUAAUAUUGUUUGCAUCAGCCAGUUCUUCUUCCAUAGCUGUUAUAGGAAGAAAUCUGGAAAAUAAGACAGUGUGGGAGAAAUGGAACCUGGAUGACAAUGGGAGGGCAGAGCUACCCCUGGAUGAGGAGUACGCAGAUACGUUCCCCGUGGGCAUGGCAGUGGACUACAGCUCGCAGACUACACUCACAUUGGAUGAUAAAUCGUCUUAUCCGCCUUGUCCCAUGCUGCUCCUGCUUUCAUCAGACGGAGUUCUCGUCCCAUUUUAUAUGAUGUACACAAUCGCCAGCGCAGCCUGUCUCACUGUACCACCUGAACCUCUGCCAGGGCCAACAACUCCAGCUCAAGGCAGUGUGGCAGGAAUUGGAACUGCAGAACUUCGUUUUGAUGGAGGGUCUUCACAAAGUUCAUCUACAGCCAGAAUGCCUCAGCAGUCAGAACCCCCAAUCUCUACAGCCACUACUCAAAAGUCAAGCCUUUUCAAACCAGCCAGUUCUACCCCGGCCACCUAUAACCCAUCCAAUCAGCCAGCAGGUUCUGCUCUAGCCAAUCCAGUGCCAUCUUUCUCUUUUGGGCCUUCCUUUUCAUUUGGAACAAACCAGCCAACGGGAAGCAUUACUUUUGGUCAGUCUGGACCUAGCAUGGCUUUUACUGGAGUCACUCAAGGUAUCAAGAUUUUGUCAUUUGGAAGAAGUCACUGUAUUCAGAGGUCCAUAGAAGUCAUUCUCACACAUUGUACAUGCACUGAGCUCAAAUCUGAAUGA